UAUAAAGGCUAUGUCGCUGGUCAUCUCGACUCACAUCAAAUAAAUACAAUGUAUAAAGAGUUCCUAGGGUAAUUGUCAGAUAUCGCUAUGCAAGGGUUGAAUAUUUUCAAAUAUUUCAGUCGCAAGUUUUCUGGACCUGCAAAGAUGGACGAUGGUAGGUACAACAGCGAUCUACCUGAGAUACAACCUACUGGGCCGGGCAUGUUAAAUAUAUCGAGCGCGCAGCGGAUGCUCGCUGCGAACACAAAGAUACCGGUACAUAUUCAAUCUCUCUCCCAGCAAACAAAUCAGAAUGUAAAUAAAAACACACACUUGAAAGAUAGUUUAGGGCGCGACUACAGACAGCACAACCAAUUACAACAACUGUUUGUUCAGACCAUAAAGUUGUCGUCCCCAGACAAGAGACCUAUCACCAGAGACACUGACCACAAACCAACAUCUAUAAUGAAGCACUCAGCUUCAAUCGAAAGCAACCAACACCUUGCUCUUGAUACGGACAAACGGCCGGGUGCACUGAAAUCAUGUUUAACGAGUUCAUCACAAUGCCUGCGAAUACCUCGGACCGCUCGAACGUCGAGUGAUAGUCAAAGCAAACGGACAGGGUUCCAAGGAGAUAGACUGCUGCAAGAACCCAGAAUCAUUGGAGCACGCCAUCAACGUGAUGUGAAUUAUAUACCCGACAGCUAUUGCGAGGAAGAAAAAAUGACUCGUACGUAUUCUCCCCGGCAUCCACAGUACCACGCUAGUAAACAAUACAGACCUUCUCGCGAAAUUGUGCAUCGCCACUCAUGCCCAAUGAGAGUCUAUCAGUCUACACAACUGAGCACUCCCAGAGCCUCGAAUAUGUUGGUCAAAAGCAGCUCAGCACCCGAAAAAACGAAUAUACACAAUGACAAGAUACUCACAGUUCAACAGAGAGGAAUCCGAGGUCUAAGCAACAAUUCUUAUACUGGUACCGAUGACCAAUUAAUUUUGGGUACAUUAUUUAAGCGAGAAUCAAGCGUAGGCAGUCUCGACUUGAUGGCUUCACAAUGUGAUAACGAAUUACGGGUAGGGUUUGAAGAAUACGCGGAUAUCCAUCAAACGUAUCAUAGUGAUGUAUAUGAUCGGUCACCCUCAGCAAAGACAACUGGAAGCGGAGAAGAAAUGAUGGCAGUUUACUACGACCUUAUGAAAUUUAAAAUUACAGAGAUGGUCGUCCAUGAGAAAUCCCUCAUGAACACCAACAAACAUCUCUUCCACUUGAGGCCGAACGAGCGUGCUGACAUGCUCAAUGUGACGGAUCGAAUAUUGACAGAGUAUGAAAAUCAGAGACAAGAUAGUACGUGGUAACUAGCGCAGAGAUGAAAAAUACAAAUCUUCCGGAUAUGGUCGAAAAGUCGGACGAGUCUAUUAAAAGCUAUGUCAAGCGGAAAAAUGCAGAUAAGUGUCGUGAAAUUAAGACUAUCUAAAUUAGUAGCUGCGGACACGCUCAGGGGAAAUGACAACCAUGGAUAGCAGUACCCGG